AAACAUAGAAAACCUAUUUCUUCUUGACAUAUCAAUAAAAUUCACUGACGUUUUUGAAGAAAAAAAUUACAUUCCUAUAAACAUCCUAUUCCAUAUAAGAACGAUAAUAUGACAAGGGUUUGACGGUGGCAAAAUGUAACCGAAUAAAGCUUUAAUCUGGCUCCAAAUUUGUUCCGGCAUGUUAAAGAUUUUACAACAGUAAUCAAAACAUUGUUUAAUAUCCAACUUUUCACUUAGCAAAGUUUACGUCAUUUCAUCAAUUGUAAAAGUUUAAAAACUUAAUCCACUUAAGGACCCUUUCAGGGUAGUGGAGAGUGCGCAUGUCGCUAGGGUAGCGAGCACGGAGGGCACUCGGCUCGCGGCGCGCACUCGGCCGGCACGCUCGCGGCACCGCCUCGCGCUCACAUGGCCCAAGAUCGCACUCCGUCAUUUGAAAUUUGUAAACAGUGACUUCUAUCGGACGAAAGUUGUUAAAUUUAGAAAAAAAAAAUCGUUUGAAUUCUAUUUUCAAUUUCAUUGUUUUUUUAUGGUAAAAAGGAUGAAGUUGAUAAGACAAGUGAAUUACAAACCUGUGAUGUGACUAAGUAAUUCCUCGAAUUGUAAUUAUUUGAAGUGCACGUAUGAAUGAACGUAUGCCAUUAUCAAUCAAAGGGCUGUAUAAAAAUGUUAAAAUGAUGUUUUUGCUACUAAUAACGUUAUGUGUGGCGACAGCGGGCCACGAGAUAACGCAGCUGAAGGUGCCACUGCACGCGGACCCGCGGCGCGCGGCCGAGCUCAGCUGCCACUUCCGCAUGGACGACCAGAAACUGCACUCCGUCAAGUGGUACCGCGACCUGCACGAGAUCUUCCGAUACAACCCUUCGCAAAAGACGCAAAUCCGCUUGUUCAAUGUGACCGGUGUCAUGGUGCAAGGCGGGUCCUGCGAGCAGGAGUCGUGCGUGGUGCGCGUCAUGCCGCUGCCGCAGGCCACGCGCGCGGCCUACACCUGCGAGGUCUCCACCGAAGGACCCAUGUUCCAGAUCGCCCGCCAGACCAAACACAUGACUGUUGUUGCUAUGCCUGACAAGGACCCAGUUAUAAGCGGAGCACCGAAUCUGGUGCGGCCGGGCGAGCAGAUGCUGCUGAACUGCACGACGGACUACUCGCUGCCGCCCGCAGACAUUAAUUGGUACAUCGACGACGAAAUACAAAAGCCCGAAGCGUGGCAGCGCACGGAGCUGAGCGCGCCGCUGGCGGGCGGGCUGCGCGCGUCGUGGCGCGUGCUGCGCGCGCGCGUGCCCGCCGCCACCAGCGGCGCGCUGCGCGUGCGGUGCGAGGCGGUGCUGCAGGUCGACCCGCCCGUGCUGCGCGACGUCAGCGCCACCCUCACCGUCCACUCGAGGACGCAGCUCUCUAAAUAUGUUUCUAAUAAAGGUGGAAAAGUCUACGUGAACGCAAACGCGGUAGUUGCAGUUUGGGUAUUCACUGUAAUAUCAAGGUUUAUGAGCUUAUGAGGAUCGAUUUAAUCAUGUGUCGUGAUAUUAGAUACGUAAGUGUGGAUAAGUUUUCCUCGGCCUACGUUUCAAAAUCGAAAUUCGGUUCAACGUCAAUGAAAUGUUACAUGAAGAUGAUAAAUUAGUAACAUUUAAGGCCUGUGCACACCGGUUGCGUGUGCGUAGACGGCCACGAGCACGU